CGAGUCGAUCACCGACCUGAUCAUAACAGCACGCGCACGCAUGGAUCAGCUCCCUCUUCUUGCCAACGGCUCCAAGACCCCUACCACUACACCCUUCUUCCUCACCUAAGAUCACACUGCCUCUACGACGUCAAUUACUAAUCAGCCACCGGACCACCGCAGUCAACGGAGCCGGCGCGUGCUACCGUCGUUCCCCGCCCCCGAACAUUUCAGCGAGUCUAGCUACCACAUGGGAACAGAUGCUAUGAAAGCCAAGAUCAUGUCGCACCCUCUCUACCCGGCUCUCCUCAGAGCCUUCAUUGACUGCCAGAAAGUCGGAGCACCACCGGAAGUUGUUGGUCGGCUCUCCUCACUCGCCGACGAUCUUAAGUCGAAUUCGGAUGACGUGCUGGAACAGCCAGCCGACCCAGAGCUCGACCAGUUCAUGGAGACCUAUUGCGUUAUGUUGGUGAGGUACAGUCAAGAGCUUACGAGACAGAUUCAAGAAGCCGAUCAUUUCUUCAGGAACAUGGAGGCACAUAUCAGCACGUCUGCACUAGGCGAUAACUGCGAAGGCGAGGCUUCCACCGAAGACGAACAAGAGAUCGGCGACGUUGGUGGCCUGCCGGUGCAGGCGGCGGAGCUCAAGGACCAGUUCCUGAACAAGCACAACGGCUACCUGAGCAGCCUAUGGAGAAAGCUCUCCAAGAAGAAGACGAAAGGGAAGCUGCCCAGUGGUGCGCGGCAGAAGCUCCAGCAGUGGUGGCGGCUAAACUGGAGAUCGCCAUACCCAUCGCAGGAACUGGAGAAGGCGGCGUUGGCAGAGUCGACGGGACUGGACAGGAAGCAGAUCAACAACUGGUUCAUCAACCAGCGGAAGCGGCACUGGAAGCCGACGCCACCGGCCGUGGAGUACAGGUCGCAGCAGCAGACCCUCUACGGCGCUUCGAGCAGCUCGUCUGCUGCCUUUCUGACGGAAGGGCAUUACUUCACCAGAGGAAGCGCAUAACCCCCUUGUGGCUCUUGAACACUGGAAACUGAACCGCAUUUUCCGGCAUGGUAUAUGCUAAUAUGCAUGCCAGUCAGUACAAAUUGAUCCAUGGAGUCGGCAUGGUGUGCCUGUAUAUAGCAAGCGAUUUGAUCUCCUUGCUCGCUCAUAGAUGUGUAAUCUCGCCUAAAUGUAAUCUUAUCUCAAUAAUUAAUAACGAGCCAAUUAUGGACCAUUGGCCCAGCAUGCUGUGGAAGUGAUCGAGUAUGCUACCAUCUUAGUGAAUAAUGGUAGAUCAUGUCCAUAUCAUAGCUUUGGCUCCUUCUCCUUGUAAUACAUAUCGCCUGGUAAUCUUGAGCUCCCAUUCAUUAUA